CACCCAUUUCCCAUACAAAAUCAACGAUUUCGCAUAUUUAUAUUUAAUUCAAGAAAAUAGAUAAAAAUAUACGGUUUUUGAUUUUGAAUAAGGUAUUAUAUUAUUAUUAUAUAUAAAACCUCGUAAUUAGCCGUGUAUAAUGCACUAUCUACUUUCUUAACAUGAUUAUAUCUGUAAUUCCGAUAAAUGUUGCCCGAAUUGGAACGAGGAGGAAUCUACAAUAAUUUGAUCUAGGCACAGCUCUAGAAUACAAUAUCAACAAGAUGGAUUUACCGAGAGAAAGCAUCGGGAUAAAUGAUAAGGACCUUCAAAAAGUCUUCAAAUACGAGCCAGGGGAGUCAACAGUAGUAACAAGGUUGGAGGGAUCUAAGCAGAAGUCAACUAUCGAGUCGAUCAAUACUGAUGAUCGUUGGGAAGAAUGGAUUAAUAUGCUUCCUCCACCUGAUAGCUUAAACUCGGGGCUUAUACUGAUACUCGCGAGACGGCCCGGUCAGAUGAAUCUCUCAAUGAGAUCCACGAACUGCCCUGCUAAAGAGGAUAGAGGGCUGAGCUGCGGGAACAAACCCGUUCUGAAUAAUGGUGGAAGUCGCAGUGUUAGGACCUUACCAUUUUCACCCAAAGUAUUCAAAUUAAUGUCGGAAAAAUUUUAUAUUCACGGGUCAAUAGCCCGGGUUAUAAACCGGUCUGACGUGCCUCAUUUUUCUCGGGUAGAGAUGGAGAUCGAAAUAGAGGGCUCUACUCAUCCCGCGUAUGCAUAUAAUUGCCGAACGACAAAUGCAUGGGAAGCGGAUCUCGCUCUAACUGUUACCCACUUUCCACGCUCUGGAUUAACGUAUGCUAUACUGUUCGGCUGUCCCGUAUCUAUAGAGAAUGAAGUCAUUGCACGAUUGAACUAUCCUGGAGUAGAGGCCAGCUACCCAUUACUACUACCGGGAAUUUUUGCAGAGCUGGAGAGAAACCGACACCUCAAUAUUAUCGAGGAUUACAUCAACAAUAUUGAAGAGAAGAUAUUUGAACUAGACUACCAGCUUCCAGUGGAGCAGCAGAUACGCUGCCCUAGCAUUAAGGGGCAAAGCAAGGAUAAGAGGUCACAGUGGCUCGACACAGCAUAUCUAAAGAACAGCCUAGUUACCUGGAACACGCAGUUAUUUAAGAUGGCUGGACAUAUUGGUGAGCUCAGAAAUACACUAUUUGGACCACAUGAGAGAAAGUACUCGCGGAUUGGUAACGAUGAUAUUCCAUGCGUUGGCUGCGACUCCAAGAUGAACAUGUUAACGGAACCAAUUUGCCAUCCGUUGUGUGAGACGUCAUGUAUCGGGCCCGUUAGUGGGUAUUACCAAUAUAGGACCAUUCCACAAAACUGGAAAAGCGUUGAGUUGCGUAAUCAUAGGAUGAGGAUAUUUGGAGCCAGAAUCAAUAGCCGCCUCCAGGCCAUGAUGGAGGAGUACGAAGAUAAGAUCCGAGAAUGUGCUAUGAGACUUGAUGGAAUGGCAAUGGCUACGCAAUGGUCUCACGGGGACACUAAUGUCGAAAUAGCGCUAGCAACGGGACGUGAUUCACGGCAUAUGCGGUCUAUCGCUGUAGUCACAAUGGUGUUUCUCCCAGGAACGUUCUGUGCAAGUGUUUUCUCCAUGCAGUUCUUUAACUGGUUUCCUGGAGAUGACGGCAAUACCAUGGUCUCACGUUACUUCUGGAUAUACGUCUUGGUCACAAUAGCAAUGACCCUGCUGACGCUUGGAGUCUGGUACUACGUGUCAUGGAAGGAAAAGCAACAAAAGCAGCAUAAUGCCGAUUCGCAGGAAGGUAUGCAUGUUUAGGGAACUUAAUUAGUCGAGGGAAUUUCUCAUAUUACUGAUCAUUUAUUCAAAUGAUGAGCAUAUACACUUAUCAUCAUCCAGGAGAAUAAAAAGUACGGGGCGGUAGUACAAUAUCAUGUACCUACGACGAAUAAAUUUAUAUCAUUCUGUUUGUGUCA